AUGGACGCACGCUCCCUCCUGCGCGCCAAGAAGGCCGAAGCGCGGAUAGAGCACCCGUAUGCUGCUUAUUCUGCUCGGGGAGAGUUGAGGUGUUCCGUUUGCGCUGUCCCAGUGAAGCAGUGGGACGCCCAUCUGUUGACAAAACAACAUCGGACCUCGGCCGCGCGAGAAAAGGCCAAUCAAGCAGCGGCAGCCAAGAAGGCCGCCUCAUCUGCAGCACCUGCUAAGCGGGACAUCUCGUCUUCUGGCGGAGACGAAGAGGGAGGGGCCGGCCCAUCAGCCAAGCGUCCGAAAGCGGGUCCGGCGGGGCUGCCAGAGGGGUUCUUCUCCAAGGGGAAUGCUCCCGUUGAGGAGGAUGACGACGAGGAAGAGCAGGUGGAAGAGGAACACCAAGGACUGGGGUCCAGUGCCGGGGCUGGACCGUCUACUGCGACAGGGACAGGCGGAAUACAGCUGUACGCGGAAACGAAAGCUACGGGUGACGGCGAGCUGGACGACUUCCUCGCUUCUCUCUCCGGACCGACCGACCCUAUCUCCGAGCCUGCGGAAUACGCCAUAACCAAAUCAUCUCAGCAAACCCAGGCGCAGGCGCGUAAGAAUGUACCACGGUAUAAGGAGGUGGAGCCCGGUCAGGCGUCAUAUGAGGCUGCGCCGGUACGGAAUUUGCCAGAGGGGCAGAAAGAAGCGGAGGCGGAACAAGCGGUGGAGCCGGAGGAGACGGAGAAGGAGAGGAGGGAGAGACUGGCUAGGGAGGAGAGGGAGGAGAUUGUCAGGCGGCUGGAAGAGGAGGAAAGGGCCCAGGAAGAUGCGGACUCUCGGGUGUCGUCUCUGAAGGAACGAAUGGCGCUGCUGAAGAAACGGAGAGAAGCCAGAGGCGGAGCAGGGGCAGCGAAAGGGAAGGGGAAGACAGCAAAUGGGGCAGAUCAUGCAUAG